AUUUCUAUGUAAAUCAAAGUCAUGUUAGUGGUGCCUCCACUUCACGACAGUUACUUUUUGGAACAUUCAGAAAAGCAACAUAGAGAAAUUUCUGAGAACAAUAUUUACGGCAACACAUUUAUUUUCAGCACCAUGGACAGCGACACAAAGCUGUUAACAAAAGUAAAUGUAUCCAUCCGUUGUGUUUCACGUUUCGUCUUGGAUUCAUACUUUCUAUACAUUCUAAUUCAAAAACACUGCUUUUGUGAAAGCAUUAUUGGAUUUCGGUAGAAUACCACUUGUCCACAAUACUAUCACAUUAUAUCAGUAUGUCAAGUAAAUAGCCAGUCUCUCUCCGGUUUCAUUUCCGCUUUAUUAUCAGUGUGAUAUUGCAUUGAUCUACUUGCAUUUCAUUUCACUUGUUGUAAUUUGUAUUUUCAACUCAACGGGUCGCUGUUGGCAAGCGUGUGGAGAGUUAGCUAGAUGUUAUUUUUUUCUCUGUAUGUCCUGCCCCUUCGUGUACAUACGGUGGACAUGACAGGAGAAAGACAGGAUACCCAGUCUGCGAUCAUAAGGAGCUCUGCGAGGAAUUAUACAACUGGAUACAUUGUUUUUCUUCCUAUUCUUGAAGUGUGGACAAUCUUUUUACUUUUAUCUAUCUUUGCACUGAAUGCAUUGGGAAUGCUUUUGAUUUAAUGGUGCAGGAAGCGACUUCGAGCAGAACAAUGAGACGGCAAGUACUGUUGUUCAUCGUGGUCCUCUCUCUCAGCUCGGUAUUCGGGCAAGUCAGCUACUCCAUUCCUGAGGAAAUGGAGAAAGGUUCAUUAGUCUGUAAUUUAGCUCAGGACUUGGGUUUAGAUUUCAAAAGGCUCAAAUCGGGUAGAGCUCGUAUUCAUUCGGGAGACAGUGCAGAAUAUAUCGAGCUGAACAGAGACAGAGGAGUCCUCCUUAUUAAAGAGAGAAUAGACAGAGAAACGCUGUGUGGCGAAACAACGCCCUGUGCUUUACAUUUACAGAUGAUUUUGGAAAAUCCAAUGGAGCUGUUUCGCAUAACGAUAGAAAUCACAGACAUAAACGAUAAUGCUCCCAGCUUUGCUUCGAGUGAGAAGCGGUUUGAAAUCAGCGAGUCUGCCGUUAUUGGGUCGAAAUUUGUACUCGAGAAAGCUAUCGAUGCUGACAUCGGUACAAAUGACCUCCAAAGCUAUUCGCUUAAUCCAACUAACAACUUUGCAUUAAAACUAGAGAAUCAAGCAGACGGAGGUAAAAAGGUAGAAAUAGUUUUACAGAAGCCCCUAGAUCGAGAGCAUCAGGAGCACAUUUCACUGUUAUUAACUGCUCUGGAUGGCGGACAGCCCCGUAUGUCAGGAACAAUGCAGAUUACUGUGAACGUGCUAGAUGUUAACGACAAUGCACCGGUUUUCACGAAGCCAGUAUACAAGACGACAAUAACGGAAAAUUCCCCCAGAGGAACCAGUGUUAUAACUGUAAGCGCAUCAGACAAAGAUGGAGGCUCUAACGGAGAAGUUUCAUAUUCAAUUUUAAAUAGCAAGCGUCGGUUAUCCGACCUAUUUCAGAUCGAUAGAAAAACAGGUGAGGUUAUCUUGAUCGGUGAAAUAGAUUAUGAAAAAACGAAGCUCUUCCAAGUAGAUAUCGAGGCUAUAGAUAAUGGAGGACUCUCUGAUUCCAGUAAGAUUCUAAUAGAUAUCACUGAUGUCAAUGACAACAGUCCUCAGCUGAAAAUACUGUCUAAGUCAGACACUAUUUUAGAAGAUUCUCCUGAAAAUACUGUAAUCGCUAUGCUGAGCGUCAAUGACCCUGACUCUGAGAGGAAUGGAGAGGUGAAGUGUAAUAUUAAUGAUGAUAUUCCUUUUAAAAUACAAAGCACGAUGAAUGGAUUUUAUAGCUUACUUACAGAAGUAGCUUUGGACAGAGAGAUCGCUUCUCAGUAUAACAUAACAGUGACCUGCUCUGAUGAGGGAGUGCCCUCCCUCUCCAGCAGCGUCACUCUCACCUUACAGAUCUCUGAUGUGAAUGAUAACGCGCCUGUCUUUGAGAGGAGCUCAUAUGAGGCCUACAUUGUAGAAAACAACACACCAGGCCUCUCUAUAUUCACAGUGAGAGCCAGAGACGCUGACUGGAACCAGAAUGCCCGUGUUUCUUACAUACUGGAGGACUCCUCUGUUAACGGAGUGCCAGUCUCCUCAUAUGUGUCCGUUAGUGCUGAUAGUGGAGUCAUCCAUGCAGUGCGCUCUUUUGACUACGAGCAGAUCAAAGACUUCCAGUUCCGCGUCAAAGCUCAGGAUGGAGGCUCCCCUCCACUCAGUAGCAACGUGACUGUGAAACUAAUGAUCCAGGACCAGAACGACAACCCUCCUCAGGUCCUGUACCCAGUCCAGACUGGAGGCUCUCUGGUGGCUGAAAUGGUGCCUCGUUCAGCAGAUGUGGGCUAUCUGGUGACUAAAGUGGUGGCUGUUGAUGUGGACUCUGGACAGAAUGCCUGGCUCUCCUAUAAACUGCAGAAAGCCACAGACAGGGCGCUGUUUGAAGUGGGCUUACAGAAUGGAGAAAUAAGAACUAUCCGCCAAGUGACUGAUAAAGAUGCUGUGAAACAAAGACUGAGUGUUAUAGUGGAGGACAACGGGCAGCCCUCUCGUUCAGCUACAGUCAUUGUUAACGUGGCGGUGGCGGACAGCUUCCCUGAAGUGCUGUCUGAGUUCACUGACUUUACACACGACAAGGAGUACAAUGACAACCUGACUUUUUACUUAGUGUUGGCUUUGGCUGUAGUUUCCUUCCUCUUCAUCACGUGUUUAGUGGUUAUUAUCUCAGUGAAAAUCUACAGAUGGAGACAGUCUCGCAUCCUGUAUCACUCCAGCCUGCCUGUGAUUCCAUAUUAUCCACCACGUUACUCAGACACUUUGGGGACAGGGACUCUCCAACACGUGUACAAUUACGAGGUGUGCAGGACGACUGACUCCAGAAAGAGUGACUGUAAGUUCGGCAGAGCCGGUAGUCAGAACGUGCUGAUAAUGGACCCCAGUUCUACAGGGACGAUGCAGCGGAUACAGAGUGAGAAGAGCAUCCUGGAUGAACCAGACUCUCCUCUAGAGGUUAGUUAA